UCUCCCAGCUAUCGACCCACCGGGUGGUGAACGGUGGAAGGGAGAUGUGUGCUCUCAAAUUGAUGCAUCAGUACGUUCAGAGGUGGAUCGCCCUUGUCUGACUGAUCGUUCGUCAUCGCCGAUGAUUCCCAUGGUAUAAUGUCCAGAGACUUGUAGGCGAUUUUAAUUUCCCUUGGACGACCCUAAAUACCACCCUUGUGCUUUCGAUAACCGAAAAGUGAGUGAAUUUUCUCCCUUAAUGAGUGUGGACGUAUCACCCGAAUUUUGUGAUAAAUACAGCACGAAGAGGACAAAUUUAUUGUCAUGAAUUCGUGUCAAUAUGCAAAGUGAUGAGUCUCUGUCAACGUGUGGAAGGUGGGAUAAAUCUUGAGACCGACGAUUAUCAGCAUGAAAACGGUUGACAAUUAAAUUUCUAAAUAUCGAGGAGUCCCAACGAGUGGAGGAAACAAUAGAUGCGUGUGUGCAAGCGGAAGAAGAAUUACCCCAGCUGUGGUGCCGCAGGGACCGAUCUCUUGCGAGCACACGUGUGAGCCAGACAUGCAUCCAGAGGUGUUACAUAAUUUGCGAAAUCAGCGGUCAUAAAAGAAGGAAAAAAUACCGACAAAUGAGAGAAUCAACCCAGAGGGGCGUUUAAAUAAUUGGGUAGACCCUCGUUUGGCUCAGGAAUUUAAAUAUGGGUUCACUACCGAAUUUACAUGAGCUUGCCAGAGGCAAACUCGAUAGUCCAGUGCACAGACCCGCGCCAAUCGGUGGUUUUGGACCUGUUAAACUACCACCGCAGCCACCUCCGUUGGCUCAUACCAAUCGCCGAGUGAGAAGCAGUGGACAUCAUCAUGCACUUUGGCAUGAUAAUGAUGCCAUUCUAGAGCAUAUGACAACAUAUUCACCCAUAUCGUGUCGUUCGGCCCGAGCCUCGGCCUUAUCCUGUCGUCGACGUGAAUCAAUGACCUCGUCAGCGGGUACAUCAUCGGUUCGUCGUUUGAUAGCGGCCGUUCGGACAACUCCAUCGGGUCCAAGACCACCACGAAAAGUUAUUCUACGUCACUGUGCAGCUCUUUUACUGGGCCACAUGACAAUAUCCGCAGCUAGUCUACCAAUAUUUCCACUUCAGGCUGGAUUAGGAGCUUUCAAUCCCCAUCUUGGACCCCUCCUGUUAGCCCUGCUGUACGCCACAGCUGCCAUUACCUCGUGCUUCUCCCUGAUUGUCGUUCAAAAAUUGGGUACAAAUCUCAUCACUAGCAUCAGCCACCUCGUAACUACGAUAUUUGUGGGCACUCAUUUAUUUCCAAAGUGGUACCUUUUGCUACCGAGUUAUGCAUUGGUGGGAAUCUUCGCGACACCGACAUUUCUUGCAAGAACUGCCCAUGUCAAUGUCACUGCAACCAAUCUCACUAUUGUCUGCGCUGAUCCCGAGGAUCCCGAUGAGAACAGACGAGACUGCAUUCUACGAAGACUCAACAGGGGAAUGAAACUUGCUGAGGACAUGGGUUUAGCUCUGGGUUGUCUGAUAGCCACUGUAAUCGUCAAAAUGAUUGAUCCGCUGCCGAAUCGUCUACAAGACGAUGUAGAAGAAAAAUGCGGGGCCGAAUAUUGCCCUCAAGAGACAUAUUUCCUCAAUGAAACAUUAUUUCUCCCAACAAUGCCACCAAAUGCUGCUAAAAUCCUCAUCAGUCUAUUGCUUGGUCUGGGAAUCGUGGGAUUCGGUAUUUCCUGUGCAUUUCUCGAUUCGAGAAUGAAAGAGCCGAGCGGCGGAAAUGAGCGUCUGAGUUUAUCGGCUCAUUUCAAAUCAAUCAAACAAUCCUUUCAGGAUCCAAAACUUCAACUCGCUGCUCCACUCACGCUCUUCAUUGGGCUCGAACAGGGAUUUAUUGUUGGAGAUUUCACAGAGGCUUAUGUUGUAUGCGCUCUUGGCGGUGCAUCAGCGGUGACCCUAAGCUUCCUGAGUUUGGCAUUACUACAAGCAGUAGCAGGAGUCACACUGUCCAUGCUUCUGCGGCACAUACGACGUUAUUUUGUUGUCGCUGUCGGAUUUGCCUUUCACGCCUGCCUGCUGCUGGCAGUGGUCGCUUGGCGACCGGCUGGCGACGAUCCAGCGUUAUUCAACGUCAUAUCCGCUGCUUGGGGAGUUUGCAAUGCCAUUUGGGAGACACUCAUUUAUACAUUGCUCCUCGGAUUAUAUCCGACAUCCUGGCAAGGACCUCUGUCUACCUCACACUUCUGGAAAUGGCUUGGUUUAUUCUUGGCUCUUGGUUUGCACGGGGUCGUUUGCACUCGGCUUCGAGUCUUGGGUCUCGCCAGUGUCCUACUUCUGUCCGUGAUACCUUACACGUGGCUAGAGAUUCGCCUGGCAAAGCGUGGCAAAUGCCUGGCGCCUUUAUGACCAAUUCACGACCGUCAACCAGCCGAUGCUCUCAUCAAAGACAAACAAUUUACCCACCUCCAAUGAGAUGAGCGAGUGCAAUUCAACUUGAGGCAGUGCCAAGUGUCAUCUCUGCGUUACCAACGAAGACGUUCACGAACUUGUCGGAGUUCGUUCUGUCAUUCCAAUUUAAAUACAUUCAAAUAAGUGGAUUUUUUUCUUUCACUUUUGACCCUAGAAAAUGGGACAAUUUUGAGAGGACAAAGUAUUGACGUGAAUUUAAAGAAUACUGAUUACGAUGAUUCUACACAGAAUCCCAUUUCUCUGGACUGUUGCGAUGGAUUUUUUUAACAAACAAAUAUGAUACUGUAAUAUUACGCAACGAAAUAUUCUUAAACAUGUGCCAGUGGUACAAUUAAUUGUUGUUUUCUAUUUGUUUCACUUGUGUAUUCAUAGUGUACUCAUAUAGUACUUUGUUCAAUAUUAAUAUUGUAUUGUAUAUUUUGUCUAAUAUUUUUUAUUAAUGUUUUGUCGUAAUACCGUUCUUUGUACAUGAGUUCAAAAAAACCAUCGCAGUUGCCCAGAAGAUUUUUUGCAGUGAUUCUCAAGUAUUCGAGUUUGGGGAGUAUUCAAUGGCAACUCCCAGACGAGAACUCGUGAGAAACAGUACAGAAAAAUAAUUGUACAUUCUCACAUAUCACUAGUUUCCAAUCAUAUCCUGAAUAAUUGUCAGCAACAAAGAGAAUUAAUAACAGGUUGGCUUUCCAAUUACAGCAUGAAGCAACUCUUUCACAACAUUAUUGUCAUAGGAAUAUUCAAAUUGCACUCAUUUUCUCGACGAGUUAAUGCCGGUUCACGAAUUAUUUUCUCCAUCCGAAGAAUUGUCUGAUCUUUGUAACUUUACUAUCCAUUGAUCUCAGUGAAUGGAAUUAAAGAAUAAAAUAAAUUAAAAACUAUUGCACGUUCAAUAUUACGAAGGAUUAAAUGUUCGCACAAUUAUCGGGUAUUUUUCUAAGAGGAUAU